GCUAAGGUUGGUGCUUGUGAUUUGGUGUGGUUUCAGCCAUAGAUAUAGUAUAAACUCCAUAUAAAAUGAGGCAAUAUUCGUGUAGAAACUAGUUUUAUUUCAAUGUGUAGUGUUCGAAUAAACAUUUGAAAUCAUUGUAUAAACUUCAAUUUUCCAGAGCUACCACUUCUUCGUUUGUAGUUUUUGAGAAAGGUAUCGCCCAAAAUAUCGAUACAUCUACAACUACGAUUCUAAAUAAAAGAAGUCGUGACAAGAUAUUUCUCGUCUUAUCACAUGAUUAUAAUGUGAAAAUAAUAUAAUUCAUGAACGAACGGCAAAGGACUUUACGCUUACGACCUGAAGACAUGGCCACAACAAGCACUGCGGUUACUACGGCCUCUUCACAAAUACCGGAGGCUCCAGUGGAACCAGUGGCCGUUAUCACACUGCGUCCAAAUCGCACGCAGACGCGCAAGAAAGUCGUGUGGACCGAGGACACCGUCGACAAUGAGAACAUGAAUAAAAAGAAAUCCAAAUGUUGCUGCAUAUACGAGAAGCCGCGUCGCUUUGGCGAGUCUGAAUCGGAGAGCAGCGACGACGAGUGCGAGCAUUGCUUCGGUCACGUGGAGCAACGCCGCCAAAAGCGACAGGCCGGCGAGACCACCACGGAGUUGCAGGUAGCUUCGGAGAGGACAGCAGAAGUGACGCUCAAAACAACAGAAGAUCGUCCAUCGUCCCCCGCACCCUCCACUCCGCCCACCCCGCCCGCUCCGCCCGCUAGUUAGACUGCGUUUACUUUUAAAAUUAACUUUCACUACCCAUUUCACUUUGUUAAAACAUAGACGUUACGUUAUGGUAUACAGUUUAUAAAUUAAUAAAAACAAUAUUGUGAGAAUAUAACAAAUCUAAAAUAUACCUUAUCUCGUAGUAAUUAGAGUAGAAAGUGAUUAACAAUAGUAGAUCAGCAGGCGUAGUUUAAAAUGUAGCGCGGCACUAAGCCGGGCUACAUUUUAAACUAUCGAUCGAACGUAAAUAAAACAUAUUUAUUGCAAAAUGAAAUGACUUCUCGUCAGUUUAUGGACUGUAUCUAAACUUGAGGGAUCGUAAAGCGUAAAUAUAGACUGACUAGUUUAACGCAAAUUAAGAAUUUCCUCAAACUGUUGUUUUCCUUGUAUAGUUUAAGGAGUUUUAUUUUCCUUUGCACUCGAGCUUAAGAAUAAAAAUAGUGACUCACCAGUGAAAAAGAUGUAAUCACACUGGAGGCUAUUUAAAACACAUUAUGUACUUACAUUUCAUCAUUCAUAUGUAUUUGAAAUAUAAACCGGCAAAUUUUUGUAACAUACGUGAAAAUUCAGAAUAGAACGAGGUAUUUCUAAUAGUUUAAAAAAGGAGGAGGUUUUCAAUUCGUCGGAAUCUUUUUUUUAUGUAUGUUCACCGAUGGCGACUCGAAGACGCCUGAACCGAUUUGAAAGUCUUUUUGUUUCAAAGGGUAUACUUUUCUGGUGGUCCCAUUUAAAUUUUGUAGAAAUCGGUCGAGCGGCUUAAAAAAAAUCAACAAUAAGUUAUAUUUAUAUUGAAUUCGAUUAAAAUUUUUCAUUCUACCACACUUGUAACACAUCUGAAUUUAAAAAAAAAUGGUAGAAGAAUACUAUUCUAUGCUACUAUAAUAUACUCUAUGUUAAAAUAAUGAUAAAUAAAACGUACUACAAUUUAUAAUGUAUUAAAUUUUAUUUUAUCUAUUACUUGUACUGUGUUAAUAUACUGUAUUGGAAAUACUUGUCUAUUGAUAGAGGAAUUAAUAUUAUUGCAUCUUGCGAUUCCCGUUCAUAUUAAAAUGUCCUAUUAUAUUAAACAGCAAUAAAUAAACGUAAAGCAAUGUUCUUUUAAUAAUUUGAAAGUGUUCGUUAAAUCUUGGAAAAUUUAUAAUUACUGUUGAUUCAAAAGAACAAUGGCAGACUUUCAUACAUAAAAUAUGUUGAGAAGAAAUGGUAGCGUCUAUUUAUCAAAAAUAUCUUAAAAUGUUAAGCGAAUUUUGCCCUGAGAAGGCGUCAAAAAAAAAUUAGAUUUGAACCUUUUUAUGUUAUGUCACUUAGAAAAAGUCAUGCGUCCUAUGGUUGUUUGAUGUUAGCUUAAUACAUUUUCAACAUAAUGUACCUACCUACAUAAUUGACAGUUUUUAGAUUAUUGUAUCUCUAUUGUAUAUUUGCAUACUAUAAAUGUAUAUUUCUGGUAUGGCUUCUGGGCCUUUGUGCCAUACAGUGACAUUUUGUUUUAGCUAGUGUUGCCAUAACAUUAAAUGGAAUUGUUACAUAUAUGAUUGGGAUAAUGUAUUAUUGCAGGAAGUUCUAAGGAGGUGUAAGAGACUUAUUACAACCAUAUUACUUUUAUUUUUAUUAUUACUGGUAAUAUAGUUAUUACUAAUGAUAACUUCCUAUAAAAAUAUUUUGUGUUUGUGUGUUGUGUUGUUAGUCUUACAAAGUGUAAGUAUACGAAAAUAAUAUAGUAAAUAGCAACACUUAAAUAGUGUAAAAUGAUUUGAUAUUCCCAAAACGUAUGUUUUUUCUGUGGCUUUAAUUAAAAUAUAUUUUUAUUUGAAAAAUCAUACCAAAAUAAUUAAACUCAUUUUAUAUAUGUUAUUUCUAGACGCAACUAUUUUUCUGUCCUUGUUAUAAAUGGAAGCUUCGACAACCGUUUGUCGUGGUCAAAGUACCGAUCUGCUACUCUGAAGGUAUUGGGCUGCAAUCCAGGCCGUUAUCACUUAGAGCAAGAUCCUAAACCACGACACGCCACUUAUAUUCUGACGAACGAGAUGAAUUAGAUUGAGUAGUGUUAGUACGUACUAUGAUCGCAUGCCUACCUGCUAGCUUGGCCAGUGGGUCAUUUUCCAGGUAUCAGGUAAGCAAGAUACGUAGAAACAUUCUUCACCUCACGUUAAUUCUCCCAGCUGAUUUUUACGUAUAUGUUAGAUAAUAUCGUUAAAAAUCAGUCAUCAACACCCAGAAAAUUUCCGUCGGCAGUAUCGCUUUGCAGAUGCUUUAAAGCUCUCAAAAUAUUACUCAUUUUCACUUAUAUUCUGAAGCUCCAUUUAUAUAUGUUAGCUAGACAACUAUUUUAAAACGUUUUACAAGAAGGCAGACCGAUCCAAGGGGUCCUAGCCCUAGACCCACAGCGUUACUCACGCUCAUGCGCGCGGGUGAUGCCCACGCGCUCAUUUAUACCCUAAUAUGCUUUAAAAAAAUAUGUUCAUAACUAUGUAUACAGUGGCCUAUUUAUUUAAUGGUUUUAUGUCUGAAAUGCUUACGCUGCAAAGCAGUUAAAUUACAUUACUCUGAUAUUUUUAAGUUAUAUAACAUAUAAUUAUAUAAAUAUCAGAUUUAUUAACUAAUUAUUUUUUAUAAUGACAAUUUUGAUAUAGUUAUGUUUUAUUGGACUCACAACCUACAUACUACAACAAAAGCAAAUUUGACAACCCUAGCGUUUUUUCUCUAUUCACCCCAUAUAUCGUAUCUAUUGACACCGGAUUCCCGAUAAAUGGAAACCGACUACUUUUAUCUAAAUUACAGAUAAUUCGCAUGUUUUUACUCGUUUGAAGCAUUAGUAUUCGAUAAAUUACAACAAUACUCACAACAUCAAAGUGUUUUAUUGUCAGCUAGUAUACAAGAUAUGUAAGAAAAACAGUGUAGAAGUUGAAACGUGUCUAUUCACCCCAUUUUACGGUACCUGAUACCUGCAAAAUGGCCCACUGGGCAAGUUAACAUUCGAUCACAGUACAUACUAACACUACUCAAUCUUACACAUUACGUUCGUCAGAAAAUAAGUGAUGUUUGGUGGCCCUGGGAUCUUGGACUAUUUGUGUAAAAAUAAAUUAUUUGAUUUUCGUUUUAGUUUCCAGUCCGUUUGUCUCGCGAUUCUCCUCGAAUCUCUUAUCACUGCAUUCUUCCUAUUAUGUGUCUAUGUUGUCUAAUAAUAUAGUCUAUUGCUUGUUCCCAGAGACGACCUAAUAAGUAAAAAGGAACCGCACAUACUUACUUCAUUAAAGGAAACGUGUGCGUCACAGUGCACGUUCACGUUGCGAAAUGCGACCGGCAUGUCAAUUUUAUCUUGUCUAUCGUGCAGUGCAGUGUCGUAUCCUUUGGUGCUCGUUACUUGUAUUUGUAGUUUUUAUUUUACGUGUGUUUUGUUUGGAAAUGUCGAAAAUACGGCAGAACGAAUUAUUAUCAUUAUGGUGUUGUAAGAUAACCUAACUAUAACUAAGCAGCGACACAGUGAAAUUAAAUGAAGCAGCAUCUUCCUGACAACAACACAAAAUUAUAAAAACUGCAGUUUUUAUAAUUUUGCGUUGACAAGCGUGGCAACUAUGGCAAAUAUCUUACUUAUGAGGCAAUCUAUUAUGAAGACCUAUAUGCAACAGAACGGUAUCGGAAUGUCUUGGGUUUUGUGAUUUAAGCAUUUGUUAAAAAAUAAUUGUGAACCAAUAAUGAUUAUUUUGAAUAUAACCGUUUUACAAUA